AUGGAAGAACCUCACCUACACACUGGAACUUUGACUGCUUUGAUGGGAUCGUCCGGUGCUGGUAAAACCACCUUAAUGGAUGUGUUGGCGUCUCGAAAGACAGAAGGUGAAAUUCACGGUGAAGUCCUCAUGAACGGUGAAGCAUUACCUGUUUCUUUCCAAAGAACUACAGGUUAUUGUGAACAAGUAGACGUUCAUCUUCCUCAAGCUACCGUCAGAGAGGCUUUGGAGUUCUCAGCUUUAUUGAGGCAACCAAGAUCAUUGUCGGACAAGGAAAAACUCGCUUAUGUCGACGUCAUUAUUGAUUUACUCGAGCUUCACGAUAUCGAAGAUGCUAUCAUCGGAACACCGGGUGCUGGUUUAGGUGUGGAGCAACGUAAGCGGUUGACAAUUGGUGUAGAAUUAGUCAGCAAGCCGAAACUUUGGCUGAUCAGCGUAGUCGGUGAGGUCGACAAACUUAGUGAAUACUUUGGCAAGCAAGAUGUGAAAAUUCCAAAAGAUGUCAAUCCUGCUGAAAGAAUGAUCGAUAUUGUUUCUGGUGAUUUAUCAAAAGGAAAAGAUUGGGCACAAGUAUGGUCUGAUUCAGAAGAAUGUAAAGCCAGGAAGGACGAUCUUGAGAAAAUCAAGAAAGAAGGUCAAGGCAACGGUGAACGAAAACAUGCUGAAGAUGAUAAAUACGAAUAUGCUUCGACCACUGGUGCUCAACUCAAAUUGGUAACAAAGAGAGCCUCAAUUCAACUCUGGCGUGAUACCGAAUAUGUCACUAACAAAGUCGCUCUACAUAUCGGUUCUGCCUUAUUCAACGGUUUCAGUUUCUGGAUGAUCGGUAAUAAAUACGCUGAUCUACAAAAUCGUAUCUUCACCAUCUUCCAAUUUAUCUUUGUUGCUCCUGGAGUUAUCGCUCAAACACAACCCAAGUUCAUUGCCAAUCGAGAUAUCUUCGAAGCUAGAGAAAAAAAGGCGAAACUCUAUUCAUGGCAAGCGUUUUGUUUCGGUGAGAUCGUCGCGGAAGUUCCAUACCUCUUGGUCUGUGCUUUGUUAUAUUUCGCCCCAUGGUACCCGGUCGUAGGCUUCAGUUUCAAACCAAGUGUCGCCGGUCCAGUCUACUUGCAAAUGACUUUAUACGAGUUCCUAUAUACUGGUAUUGGUCAAUUCGUUGCUGCAUACGCUCCUAAUGCUGUAUUUGCCGCUUUGGUCAACCCAUUGCUUAUCGGAGUCUAUUAUCUCAAUCCGUUCAAUUACCUUAUCGGUGGUCUUGUCUCAAGAAUCGUUUGGGAUGUUGAGGUCCAAUGUGCCGAACAAGAAUUUGGAAUAUUCGAUCCACCUCAAGGACAAACUUGUUCAGCAUACAUGAUGAGCUUCUUAUCUGAAAAUCCAGGUUACAUUGACAAUCCAGAUGCCACAAGUCAAUGUAGAUAUUGUCCUUAUUCCAAAGGUAAUGAAUAUCUCCAAACCCUAAAUCUGGGUAAGAAAUCUGAUGGUUGGAGGGAUAUCGCCAUUACUUUCUUAUUCGUCCUGUCAUCAUAUGGAUUCGUCUUCCUGCUUCUUAAAUUACGGUCCAAGGCAUCUAAGAAGGCCAGUUAA